AUGGAGGAGCUACUGCCCCCGCCCCUCGCAGACUGCCCCCGGGGUGUUCUCUCUACUGUAACUAUAUCAGCGUGGAGAUAAGGGGAUGUUAUCCUAUAGCGAAACCCCUUGGAAUGGUCCUUCCAGCCGGAUACCCCGCCGCCAGCCCUCUAGUGGCCCAGCCCCUAAUGAGCAGUACAACACUCCUGCUCUUUAAUUAAUUCUGAGAGGAGGGAGAGGGGAGGUGUGGGAGGGUGGAGAAGAUUGAGAUGAGGCUGGCUGUGACAUCUUCAUUGAGGAACAGGUGUGUGUGUGUAGGUAGGUCCUGACCAGAUGGAGCGAGGGGGAGGUGUGACACCAGAUAGUGUUUGAAACUGAUGGCUGAUGUUGAGCUGACGAUUCAACCAGAACUGGGUUUGGUUUACAGCAAGAAUAAAGAACAGGAGGGAGAAGGAGUGUCUGAGGGAAAGGGGCUUGCGGCUUGUCCGUAUACAAAUAAAGCACCACAGAUUAAUUUGUCAUGCCAGUGGAGUUCCUCCCUUGACAGUUGGUCAAGGCUUCAAGGGUAUCAGCCUGGCAUAUUUGGUCCAAAUUGAUGUGACGCAAUCCAAGAUGUCUCAAACUGACAGUCAUGGAUAGGGGCUCUGCAGUGUCAUUAUGACAGUCUGGGUAAUGUUUGACAGCAGGCCUGGUUGAGGCUGAUGAAGCCCCACAGAAUGGGCAAGUACAUCAGUCACAGCCUCCAUGGUAGUGAGAUGGGGAGAGAGAAGAGUCUGUGAAACGGCUUGGAGCCAGACUACUGCAGCCAGCCAGCCAGCCAGAGUCGCAGUGAGCUACAGCAGGCUACUCCAGGAGCCAUCCUGCCUAACCUCUUAUUAGAGCAUGCUGCCCUCUGGUGGUGAGAUUUCUAGCUGCAGAAAUAAGUCAUUCCCAAACUGGGAAGCUCCUAUCCGACCUCAGCAGACCUAGUUGGAAUGAACAAGCUGAUAUUGAAUGCGUUUAGGUACUUGGUGAAUGUUAUGCAGUCAAUACCAGUAGAAACUGAAUAACAUACAGGUUCUGUCCUUAUCACUACAGAAUGGGAAGCUGUAGCCAGAAGAAGACAUUGUUGUGUUUAACAACAGAAAUGUGCAGAGCUAGCUGUGGUUACGCAACGGUUUGUCUUGCACAGAACAGUAAUUACAUAAUGACAACAAGCUUAUAUAAUGAUAACAAGAAGGCCUUUUCCAAGCGACAGCACUGCCUGUGGGUCUGCAUGGUGCAUUAGGCCAGCUUGUGAAACGAGGUUAUGGCCUCGUCUUCAUUUACAUUUUACCGGAGCGAUUAGGGUUAAGUGCCUUGCUCAAAGGCACAUCAACACAUUUUUCACCUAGUCGGCUCUGGGAUUUGAACCAGCGACCUUUCAGUUACCUGGCCCUUAACCGCUAGGCUACCUACUGCCCAUCAUCUUCUCCCCUCCUCUAUUCUUUCUCCUCUCUGGUUUCUCCACUAUCAUCUAUGGUCUCUCUUUUUUCUUCUAUGGUUUCCUCUCUUGACUCUAUGGUCUCUUCUUUCUUAGCUCUCCUCAUCUGGUGUCUCCACCUCUAUGGUCUCCUUUCUUAGCUCUCCUCAUCUAGUGUCUCCUCUAUGGUCUCCUUUCUUAGCUCUCCUCAUCUGGUGUCUCCUCUAUGGUCUCUCCUUUCUUAGCUCUCCUCAUCUGGUGUCUCCUCUAUGGUCUCUCCUUUCUUAGCUCUCAUCUGGUGUCUCCUCUAUGGUCUCUCCUUUCUUAGUUCUCCUCAUCUGGUGUCUCCUCCUCUAUGGUCUCUCCUUUCUUAGUUCUCCUCAUCUGGUGUCUCUACCUCUAUGGUCUCUCCUUUCUUAGCUCUCCUCAUCUGGUGUCUCCUCCUCUAUGGUCUCUCCUUUCUUAGUUCUCCUCAUUUGGUGUCUCCACCUCUAUGGUCUCUCCUUUCUUAGCUCUCCUCAUCUGGUGCCUCCUCCUCUAUGGUCUCUCCUUUCUUAGCUCUCCUCAUCUGGUGUCUCCUCCUCUAUGGUCUCUCCUUUCUUAGCUCUCCUCAUCUGGUGUCUCCUCCUCUAUGGUCUCUCCUUUCUUAGUUCUCCUCAUCUGGUGUCUCCUCCUCUAUGGUCUCUCCUUUCUUAGUUCUCCUCAUCUGGUGUCUCCUCCUCUAUGGUCUCUCCUUUCUUAGCUCUCCUCAUCUGGUGUCUCCUCCUCUAUGGUCUCUCUUUUCUUAGCUUUCCUCAUCUGGUGUCUCCUCCUAUGGUCUCUCCUUUCUUAGCUCUCCUCAUCUGGUGUCUCCUCCUCUAUGGUCUCUCUUUUCUUAGCUUUCCUCAUCUGGUGUCUCCUCCUAUGGUCUCUCCUUUCUUAGUUCUCCCUUUGCUCAUCUCUCCCUCUUUCCUACUCUAUAUGCAGGCCUCUCUCGCUUCUCCUCAUUAACCCCCUUUCUCUUCCCCUCUCUCAUCUCUCUCUCCACCGCUCUGGUCUCUUCUCUCCUCACCUCUUCUCUCCUCUCUCCCCAUGGCAGGCAGCUGCAGGAGCUUCAGAGGCAGAAGGAGGUGGAGCGCGAGCGGCUGGAGCGGGAGCGCCAGGAGAGGGAACGGCUGGAGCGUGAGAUGCUGGAGAGGGAGCGCGAACGGGAACGUCAAGACCGUGAGCGCCUGGAGCGAGAGCGGGAGCGUGCCGAGAGGGAGCGGGAGCGCUCCGAGAGGGGGCAUGUGGAGCGCGCCGAACGGGAUCGGCUGGAGCGUGAGCGUCAGGAACAGGAGAGAGAGCAGUUAGAGAGAGAGCAGUUGGAGAGAGAGCAGUUGGAGAGAGAGCAGUUGGAGAGAGAGCAGUUGGAGAGAGAGCAGUUGGAGAGAGAGCAGUUGGAGAGAGAGAGGGCGGAGAGAGAGAGGGAGCUGAUGGCAAGAGAGAAGCAGGAGAGGGAGAGGAUGGAGCGAGAGACUCACGAGGCGCAGCAGUUGGACAGAGAGCAGAUGGACUGGGAGAGAGGGAGACGCAUCUCCAACGCCGGUGAGCAGUCAAUACUUUUUCCUUACCUCUUACACACUCAGACAUACUCGCACACAUGCAUAUACAUACUUACACACACAUACACGCAUAUGCACACAUCUGAUGUCUAGCACAGGAUAAGGUAGUACAUUACACACUGAAGACACAGGACAGAACUAAAUGACAGAAUAGUCACCAACUGUGAGUGGGUUUAGCUCUCACUUCAUUUAGCAGUAGUUCUUCCAAAGAGCCGUCUUGGGUGUAAAAUCCCAGCGUGGCAUUUAGCUGGAGUCUGAAGCGAAGCCUAGACGCGGACUACUCAGCCAUCCCUGGCCGCUCAUUAGUUAGUGUGAUUUAUAGCGAGGCUCCGCUCCCAUCUCUCUCUGCCCAUCUGCUUGUGUGUUGGAUGGGCUCGUGGAACAGCUUGAGUGGCGCUAGGGCAUAGGGGGAGUGUUUGUGUGUUUAGGUGCUUCUCUCAGCGAGGAAGCAAGCAAGCACACACACACUCAGCCCUCUCUGCCUACCUCUGUUAAAUGGGUCCAGUUUUGACCAGUGAUGGCUUUGACUAUGUGUUGGUGGAUGGUAGGGUACCCCAGCCAGCCUGCCCAGCAAAGCAUAGGCAGGUGCAGGACUCAGGUUCUGGGGUUGGUUAGAGGAGAAUCAAGGAUGGGAGAUGGGCAUUGCUGCUACAUAUUGGGUCAGUGGGGGAGCCAGUGUUGGCACGGUUGGCAUGGUUCAGUGCCACACUCAUCACAUUAGCUGGGCCAGAUUCUCUGUGUUAAUAGGCGAAAAAUAAACCAUCAAGGCUAACAUGCUGCCUGCCCCCCAGGAGAGGGGGAGGGGCCUUCAAGUCAACAUAAAUAUGAACAUAUCUAAGAUAUUAUGGUAUAGAGUAGACUUUAUUUUUCUCAGGACAUUUGUACAAUAAAUGCAUAAUGACCCAAUUCACACCGUACAUGACAAACACAAGAAACAAUGUUACACUGCAUGUUACUGUAACAUUUGAGGUGCUUUUGGGUUUGAGGUGUGAGAAUGCACUUUUAAUAUGCUUCUAGUUGUCUUUCCUAUAGGAAAAACAAACAUUUGCGCUGUUGGCCUACUGUACAUAGCCUUGCAAUAGCUUUUGGUUGGAUUUCCAAUUGAAUUCAUAGUAUGUUCAGUAUUCCAUUGGAUGUAGUCAGUGUCUAUGGAUGUCAUGCUGAUGCUGUGUGUAACCAUGCUGAACUUCUAACUGAACACUUGUUGAGGAGAGGUCUGCUAAUAGGGCAUCCACAGAUCCAUUGACAGUCUUAAAUUAGCUUCUUGAUGUAUCCGUCACUGUGGAGUCUGUGUCAUAUUAGCUAUGCCCCUCAUCACGUUAGAAAGAACAAGAGCUUCCUUGUGUGAAUAGAGAAUCUCAACCUCUUUAAUCUAGCCAUUCCUAACGGUCCUCUGAUGGAAACCCCUCAUAACACUGUGGUGGUUCUAGGCCUGCCUCACCCUCUACUGGUCCCCCUCUUCUGUUAGCCACUCUCCUAGGGAACACACUAGGCUACAUUUAGUUAGUGUGUAUGGAGGAGAUGUAGUGUAUGUCCAUUUUGGGGUUAGUGAGGUGAGUGGGUGUUAUUACUCUGGGAUCACAGAGCAAAGCUGGGGCUUGCCUCUGGUCACCCAGGGAGGGGGAGGGGAGGGGAGGGGGGGGGGAGAAAGGAGGAGGCAGUUGGUGGGUCGGGAAAAAGAGAGGAAAAUUUGGGCAAGAGUGAGUCUUCUGGCUGGAGGAACAGAAGGAGUGUGUGUGUGUGUGGCUGCCACUGAGGGUUAGUGGAGCAGAAUGAGGCUGGCACAAUGGAUUAGCAACAUUACCCCUCAGUCAACAUAUGGCAGGAGUGGCCUCAGCUCUGGGCUAACUCUAGGGCUACGCUGGCUGAGGCCACAACAAAACAGAGCAUGGAUAAUUCAGAGCAUACAGUCAGGCUCUGGCUGUGUGACCACCCAGCGAUAAUACCCCCGCCAUGGCUCGCCUCGGCUCACUAGUUCUGUACUUUACAUGAGAGAUGAGAAGAUACUACUGAUGUGGGUAUUGAUUAAAAAACACCAUGAGAAACACAGACUUUGCAAUGGUAUUUUUUCUUUGUUUUUUCAAAGAAGAGAUUCUGACUUGAAAUCGUUCUGAUAGAAAGCUAGGUAAUGGUGAAUGCAAGUAAGGGGUGAUUGAUUGAAACUGUGAAGUCACCCAAAUAUUUAAGCAUUUUGUUUAAUAAUUUAUUUUAGUUUCUACCCGAGUCUGUGUACCAUUUUGCUUAUUGUCCGAACAAUGAACAAAACAUGUCCAAAUUGGUUACAUGUCUCAAUUGUGGUGCUUUGACUUCUACAUUUAUAGAAUACAACUGUUCUGCUUGCUCAGUCCUGGUAUAGACAGGAUGGAUGCAGCAUGGAAAGAGUGAGUGACUGACCAGUGCUGUGUCUGGUGGGUGUUGAUCCUGUGAGUUCCACCAGAGGCUAAUAAAUCGUUUGAAGUGUGCAUCACUUGAUCAGGCUUCGUUCAAUGAGGGACCAAGCCAAGCGCUCCCUCCUGAAAGUACGAUGGUCUAUGGUUUUCUGCUUCCUCUAUCCAUGUGUACACAUUGUUUACAGAGUCUGCCUCAGGUUCUGUCUCAGCUGCUAACCUUGUGUACUAAUAGUAGCAUCCUUUCUGUUAGAGAAAGAACCAAAAAAAGUAAAAGGAGAUUUAGGUCUGUGCUGGUUUUUCCUGCUUCAUUUGCCCCCUUCUCUCUCUUCUUUCUGUUUCCCCCCCUUUCUCUCUCUCCUCUCCUGUGUUCUUUCCCCCCUUGUGUGGCUGCACGGUGGCUGCUUCUCUCCUGUCCUGUUCUGUCCUGUUCAGCAUUUGAAAGUACCCUCUACACCCCUCCGCCUCCAGAGUACUCCUCCAAGACCUCCUCUACGUCUGUGUCUCCCACCACCCCCAACUACCCUCCGCCCACCCCGUCACCCUCCUCUGCAACACCCCCCACCCCGCCUCUACGACACUCUGCCUCCCGAUUCGCCACCUCGCUAGGCUCCGCCUUUCACCCGGUCUUGCCCCACUACGCCACAGUCCCCAGGCGACAGCCAAUCCCUCCCACGUCCCCCGCCCCGGCCCCAGCACCCCCCUCCAAGUCUGUGGUGUGGUCAGCAACCAACUUCAGCCCACUGCCCCCCUCGCCCCCCGUCAUGAUCAGUAGCCCGCCGGGCAAGGCAACCGGCCCUCGCCCUGUCAUUGCCAUCCCAGUCUCCAGCUCCUUGUCACAGAAACCCGCCUCACCCUCCCCCAAUGGGCCUCCCAUGUUCUCUGCCCCUUCACCUGUCACCAUCGGCAACAGCAGCAACCCCGCCCCGCCUCCCACCCCGCCUCCCCCUCCACCGCUGCCCCCUCUCUCCCUGUCCCUGUCGUUGCCCUGCCAGCAGUCGCCCGUUGUCUCCCCCAUCGCUCCCCUUGUGUCCUCUCCCUCAUCCCAGCCUGCUGUUGUCCCUUCUCCUUCCACAGCUCCCUCUGCCUCUGCUGACCUCUCUGUAAACCUCUCUGUGCUGGGAGACUCCUGCUCCUCGGCUCCUGAGGGCCUUUCAGCCUGCAGACCCUCUGGCCCAGCAGGGUAAGGCCUCACCUCUCUCAGCCUCGCUCUCUACCUCCACUCACCCACUAAUGGUGGGGCCAGGGAGCAGCGGGCCUGCCCUAACCAACUUGGCCCAGCUCUGGGUGCCAAUGCUGGCUGCAGCGGUGGCUAGUGUGGCUGUGGCUCUAGGUCUGCUAGGUGCUUGUUAAUCUGUGUUGGUCAGGUGUCUGUCUGGCCUUUGUCAGCAUACUCUCACCAUGUAUGUUCAUGCUAUUGCUCAUGGUCAUGAGUUGCGUUGUGAACUGGUUUGAAUGGUGUCUGGUCAUUAGGCAUGGCAUGCAUGCGUGUAUGUGUGUGUGUGUGUGUGUGUGUGUGUGUGUGUGUGCACUCAGACAGGGGGCUCUGUUGCAUCUAGCUAUAGAUCACUGCAGCAAAGUCUGAAGGGAUCAAUGUCUCUGUUUCUCCCAUGCUUGUUUUUUUUUAUCACCUCAAACUAUUAUUUUUCUGCAAUUCACCAUUGUGAUGACCUUAGUAUUUUACCAUGACUUUUCACCCUCACUUGUCAUGUCAGUGUUGUGUUCAUCAAGCCUACUGGACCUGGUGACAGUUGGCUUGUAUACGUGACACAAAAGGGACUGAUAGAUGGAGACUCGUUUCUGCGCUAUCCUUGUUCACUUAGGGUUAUUGUCAUGACACUACAGUACGUUUCAAGGGAACAGGAGGGAUGCUAGUGCUGAGCAAUUAACAGACAUUUUAGUUGUAUUUUGAUUAUGAAAUGACUGACUGAACUCGGUCACUUUCACUGUCAGAAGCAAUCCAUGGUAAGAUUAGCAGCUGGAAUCAAUAAUAUUAAGAUUAUGAUUUUUCCCUCUCCUGAAUGGAAUUGUUAGCAGAUACAUGUCUGUGCCCUCUGCAUUUGGGGAUCCAAAUAAAUAAAUAUCCAUUUGCAUGUCAAAUGAGGACAAGCCUUUUAUUAUUCACCCUAAACCUGCCCUCACAUUCAUCUGAUUACCUUAUCAACUUGAUGGGAUAUAACAUUUAAUUCAAUAGUAGUUAUCCACAUUUGAAAUCUUUCUGAAAACCAUUGCAGUUUCAAAAGUUCAGAUUUGACAUAAUUCAAACACUCCAGUAGCAUUAAUGAGACAAUAUUUUUUAACUUAUUAAAGUUUUAGAUUUUGGUGUAUUACAACUGCCCUUUGAGUAACUCGUGAGUAGCAUUUAUAUGUAGAUGAUUCAGUCAGACUAUUUCUCCCACUCGGACUGACCCACCCGUGUUCCAGUGAACUCUGCCCUCCAGUCUCCUCUCUCAUUGGCUGAAAGGAAACUGGUCACGCUAUAGAGAUCCUAUUAAAUUACUAUUCUAAUAAUUAGUAUUCUAAUUCCUAAUUCUAUGGGUCACACCCUCACUGACAGGAGCUCAAUAUGGGAACAUUCCAUCAUGGCUUAUUGAUCCAAUCAUCUGUCUGGGUUGAGGAAUCACAAUGAUUUUCUACAAGCUAAUUAUUACAGUUAAUACAUCUCUGUGGUUCCAUGGUUUAGGGCUGCUCUUGCAGGCAUAUGCUGAUAUUGACCUAACUAGGGCUGCUAGAGUUCCUGUGUCCGAUGCAUUUUCUGUCUUGUUUAUGUGUUGGAUGUCUACAUUUGCUUCAUUCAAAUGGAUACAUUUAGGCCGUUGCCACAACUCACUGAUGUUCAUGCAUGUUGUAUGACAAACAACAAGGGGAUGUAGUGUGUUCAUACCAUGUCUUCAAAAAACAGUUUUGUUCUUCACACACAAGUUUUAAAGUAUAACAUUUCCCAAUAAAUGGUCAAGCCUGAUAAUGUUAGUAUUGAUGCUGAAUAUACUAUGGGUACUUUAGGAAGCCUGAGUUUUGUGUGUGAGGAUAAACUAAAUAGGAGAGAACUCCUGACUCUUUCUGUGAGUCCCAAAGUUUGAUACUGACCGUUUACUCUUCUCCCUCCUCCCCCCAUACAGACACAGUGUUGACACCGGUCCUGCCCACCCCUCCUCCCCCUCCCCCCCUCCCUCCCGGCUCCAAUGUGACCCCCACGGCCGCUGCCCCCCCGGCCCAAUCAGGCCCUCCACCCCCUCCCCCCUUACCCCCUACACUCACCCCUACCAGUGGCGGGCCCCCUCCCCCACCCGGACCCCCACCUUCCCUUGGUGGCCAGGCCCACCCUCCACCUCCACCAGCCCCUCCCCUGCCACCAGGCCUCUUCUCCCCCUCGGAGGACCGCCCCCUGUCCGGGCUAGCCGCUGCCCUCGCUGGAGCCAAGCUGCGUAAAGUGCCAAGGGUGAGAGGCCGACACGCACAGAACAGAAACACACCCACGCAUCCUUACCCCUACACAGACACCCACUGUUUGUCCCAUACCAUAUCCUCACAGGCUUGUGAUCUUGUCCAGCACCAGUCACACUUUAUAUCCCCUCUAUUCGGAGUAGUGCUGAGCUAUUAACCAACAUUUCGUUGUUUUUUUCUGUUAUUAAAUCGACUUCGGUUCAAUUACCUGAAUUCCAUGUAGUUAUUUUUUUGUGAGCCCAACUCGCCGUUUCUCGAGAGAAAUCAAAAAAUUCACGAGAGAAAUCUGAGAAAUCAAGCCAAGAACUAUGUGGGACGCUGGGCUGAAGGGAGUUGUAGUUUUCGUGGUAAUUAACUACAUAAUCCAUUGCGCCAAGAGACGAAGAAGAGGCAACCAAGAGGUUUCACUCUCGCCCAAAUCUGUCCAAAAUAAGCCCAAUGCGUUUCUAUGGGCUUAUUUUGGACCGAAGCUUGUCGCCUGCCUUCCCGCCUUUGGGACAACUACUCCCAUUGUUAGGGCAUAGACAUGAGCAUCUCGUCAUUUUAUACAGAUCUCUGGACGGAUACACUUUUACGCCUGCUACGUUAGAUUAGAUACACACAGACCGCAUUGACCACAUGAGAGCAGAAUGUACACAACACAACGAUGAGUGACAGUUCGUGAAAGUAUACCUUAUCUACUUUGAAGAACUAGUAAAACAUUUGUCAGACAGCUCUGCAGCAUACAUAGGCAGGCUAGCUAAAUAGGAUGACUAAAGACAGUACAGUAUGGGGAGCACAUAACGUUAGAUGGCCUGGCUGGCUGACUGCUACUGCCUGAGUAGAGAUGAGAUGAUGCCUUUAAGGAAUGAAAAAUAAUAGUCAUCAAAUAAAAACUAAGUAAUAUACACAACUGAAAUAUUGUAUUAUUUCAUAGUAAUCUCCUAUUUUUCUAUUGAUGUCUACCCAAUGUGGACCUGACAGAGAAAAUUGAAUAUUUUCAAUGUUUUGGCCAAUUGAAUGUUCACUAUUUUGGGCUUUGGAAUUUCCAUUAAAAAGCUCUAAAAUCAUUGUAACGUCAUAAUUUCAUCAUUUAAAAAAUAUCGAAACCGAAAUAGAACACAGUGAUUCUUUUUUAAUAAUCUAACAAAAACCGAACCGACCUCAAAACACUAAUCACUCAGCACUAAUUGGGAGCUGCCACUCACUUCAGAUACAUUUAAAUCAUGUAGCCCUUACUGUACUUCACUCCUCCAUAUACUGCACUCCACCAUACCUGACCCCCAGUUAUGUGCCUCUGUAACAUGGUCUGCCACUACUUAACUGACUGACCACUACUUCACAGAGUGAUAGUGGUGGUGACGCGGCAGCUGCUCUGGCUGCAGCCAUGGCUGGGAGCUUGGCUGGCGCUGCAGGGGCCAAACCUGGAGGGAACGGCCCUCUGGGAGGAGCACCUGGAGGAGGGGGGUUGAUGGAGGAAAUGAGCGCCCUGCUGGCCAGGAGGUGACAUUACAUUACACCCCCGUUUGAAACAUGGAGGGAGACAGCAUGUUUGGGUGGCUUCAGGGAGUGGGGACAAUAUUGAGGAAGGCUUGAUGCCCAAAUAUUUCUUGUCAAUAUAGAUAUUUUAAUUAUUUGAGUGUUCUAUCAUUGCAGACUAUGUAGCUGGGAGUGGGAAGUUAGAACAUCUUUAUUUAGGUUUACAAUAUUAUAACAUGUUAUGAGGUUGGCAAUCUAUCUUAAUAUUUUGUUGUUUUUCAGGAGAAGAAUUGCAGAGAAGGGAUCAUCGCCUGAGCCGGAGCAGAGAGCUGUGAGUAUGACAGACAGACAGAGGCCAGGGAAAGGUCAUCUCUGUAUUUCCUGCCUGACAGUAUCUAUCUAGUUUACCCAUCUAUAAUUCAGUAACCUGAUGUUUGUAUUCUGUAGCCUGGUGUUUGUAUUCUGUAUCCAUCUCUUCUGAAUAUCUUUGGAGCUUCAUAUGUUUCUCUUUGAGGGUCAUUAGGGUCAUUAAAGAGGAUCAAUGGAUCUCUCUCAGUGGAUUAUUAACUCAAUGCCUGGUCACAUUUCUGAUAUCUGGGUAUCUGAAGCUGACCUAUAACUUCUAACCUUUGAACUCACUGUGCUUCUCUCCAAUAGGACGAGGUCGGCGAGGGCACCACUACGCCCAAAGUGUCUGCCUGUAGCACACCAGGUGAGUGGGGUUCAGUACAGGAUACAGUACAGGAUUGUAGUGGUCAGAGAUACACAGGAACAGCAACAUGCACCUUCCACAUUUAGACCACCAGGACCCUAGUCAGUGUUGGCCAGCAGUUAAUGUAGUUUGGCAGAUUUGUUCAGUCUAUAGAGUUUGUCUGUAUUGUUUUGUCUCCUGAUGAAGUGGUUGAGUUCUAUCAGUGUAAUAUAUCUAAUGCUUGUGUGUUUUGUCUCCUCCUCAGACAUGCCCAGGAAACCAUGGGAGAGGACUAACACUAUGAAUGGUAGCAAAUCCCCGGUCAUUGGAAGGUAAAUACCAGCAUUCCAUAAUCCACAAAUGGGCUUAGAUUUCAAUUGUGUGCUUUCAUGUACACACGGUAAUACAUUUUUAGUCUGAGUCUAAACACAUUAUUGGGUCAAGCACAACUAAGUCAAAAUAUCCACUGCCUGUCUGAAUCAUUGACUGCCUCAGCAUUGCCGCUCAUUGUCACGUAACCGGAGAGAAGGAGCACAGAGGAUAGCAGAGCAUGGCACACUGCUGGGGUCCGACCCCUGGGCUUGUUGAUUCAUGACUGGUUAAUAACAUGACUAAAGCACAGGGCUUCUGCUUACCGCUAGGCAAGGUUGUCUGUAGCAGUGAGUGUUCCUGAGAUGUGUCAAUCAAAACCCCAAAUUCCAGGUUUUAAUUACAGGGCUCUAAAUGGCGGUUUGUCGGUGAGAAUGUGCUCUGGAAAUGCAUCUCCUGCUUCCAUGUGCAAAACAGAAUGCUGGCUGCCUCCACCACAAGUCCUUUUUUGUUUUAAUUCUCUGAGAAUGUAAGAUGUUUUUUAGAACUUCCUUUAAAGGCGGUUGGCGUUACAUUUUAGCCUAUUAACGCAAAAAGUUUCAAAUAAUUAACAGAUCCCUAGAAAAUUCCUAUUACAAUGCUUUAUCAAAGUAAAGUAAACUUAAAACAAAGUCAAUAUAUCAUCAAUAGCGAUUGUUGUUUUUCCAUAUGCCCUGGUAGCUAUACUCCGUCUGCUCUCUGUAGCCUUGCUCUCUGUAGCCUGUAGGUUUAGUUAGGGCUGGUGUAGGGAAGGGACCUGGGGCAACAGGACAGGCCUUUUAAAAGCUGGAGUCUCUCUCUCACUGACGUGGCUCACCGUGGAGAAAUCCGAUGGGUUCUGAUAUUGUAAACAGGUAAACAGGCCUGUAGAGUGAUACAUCUCCCUUUUUACUCCUUUUGUAUAAUUUGCUGUGAUCGAAGUGGAAGUGAUAUUGUUGGGGGUUGGGUUAGUGCCUUGUAAUUCCCAUAUACUGUAUCUCUGUUUUGCCAGCAAAGUAAUCACCAGACUGCUAAUGAACGCUACGUAUAUACAUUGCUUUAUUUUUAUUUAAAUAAUAAACAAUCUAUGUCAUGUUACGUUUCCAGUAGCUUUACAAUCAUUGUUUUACUGUCCUUCAUCUCUCCAAAGUGUCUACUUUGCUAAAUUCCUGUCAAAGGGAAUCCCUCAAACACAUCACAAAGUGCCCCCCACCCACACAUGUACACACAUACUCAACACACUCUGUGGCUGUGUGCUACUGUAUAGUGAGGAAGCCAGAGGAGACCUCGCCCCGUCCAGUGCUGUGAAUAUUCAUAUCCGUUUCAAUUCUGUCCCAGAAGGACCCCAUAGAUAAGGCCACACAGCCCUGCAUUGACAGAUGGGUGUUAUUAAUUUCUCCCACAUAAACUGGCCUUUGUAUGUGACCUAUAGAGCAGGUCAGAGAGACCACUAGAGAAAUACACAAACACACAGAGACACUGCAGAAAGACAACUGUGAGAAUAGGUUACACUUCCCCUAUUCUCUUGGCUUCCACUUCCUCCCUGAUAAGCUGUUGGCUGUUCAAUGAGUUAAUUUCCUCACUAAUUUCACACUCAGUUUCCUUGAAUCAUUCCUGUAGUUGUAGCCCAUGGUGAUUACCUUGUUGGCAACGGUGUCCAGUCCCAGCUGAUCCAAUGGCAGAGAAGCAUGGCUGUGUGUGAUUGCUGCAUUGCAUGCUGUAACUACAGUGGCCUGUUUCUGAACUCUGAUUCAACUUGACCAACUUGAUUGUGUUUCAAUCGGGCUGAACUACCCAAUGUUAGCUGUGUGUUUCCUUCCUAUUACUUGGUGUGUGAACUCAAACGGUUGGUGUGUAGCAUGUGUAUUGGGCUGGCUUUACCGAAGGCAGGGCGGCCCCCCUUUUGAAGGCCCUCGGAUCAAUUCCCUUGUUAUGUCAGUCACUGAUAGUCAGUCAAUUAGCCCAUGUCAGCUAACAUUAUUUAUUUUCAAUUUUAUUACGGCCCCUCGUGAUGAAUUCAGAUUUUUUGUGUGCCCACACCCCAUCAAAGUUGCCAAUCCCUGACCUAAAGCAUUAAGCUAUUCUAUUUGUGAUUCCAGUCAUAGGACAUAGUUUCCAGUUAAUUUACUGGUUCACUUUGCCUAAAUCUAGAUUCAGUUUGCUCAGAACAUAAUGAUGCUUGAACUAACUAAGUUCAUGAAGGUGCCUCAUACUGUAUGUGGGCAGCCAAAGGGUUAGGUACCCUGUCAAAUAGGCUCAGCUGUGUACCACUAGUGUAGUUAUCAAUGCUGACAAAUAGAUAUGAAAUGGCAUGUAAAUGAUUAUUGUGGUACAUUAUUCUCUACAUUGCCAGAUUUAUAUAUCAGUUUCCAAAUUCUGAAUUUAAAAGAAUAGAUGUUGGUGUAUGAUGGCAAAUUUUUUUUGUUUUAAUUCUGUAACUUCCUAUGUUUCCUGCUGUGUUUUGAUAUCAAACCGUCAAUUUGAAUCCAUUUUAAAUCUCAAAGAUGUCCUCCUUUGGGGUUUCAGUGCACUUUCUUUCAACUUGUUUAUGUUAUAGUUGCAAAAAAUGCUAAUCUAACUAUUUUUUAAGAGUGAUUGAAGUGUCUGAGGACUGAAUGCAGAGGUGAGUGAUCUAACCAAAGUAGGCACUUUGCUGUCUUGUUUUCCUCCAAGAGUGACUUCUGGAGUCCCACUCGACAAUAGCCCCAGUUUAGGUAUACUACUUUAACUUUUUCUGUUUAUCUCGUCUACAGACCAAAGUCCACAGCGACUGGAUCCCUAAGUGCCAACGGGGUGCCAACAGAAGGUCUCGACUAUGACAGAUUGAAACAGGUAUUCAGAGGAGACAAGUGAAAAAUGACUGACUUGCUGUUUGCUGGCAGUACAUUGGAGCUGUAGUAUUUUACACAGCAUACUACAGAGCCCUGAGAGGGUGUGUCCAAUGACGGUGUCCCGUGCUGGGGCAAUCCCUCCCUCCUCCCCUAUGAAUGAGCCUGUUAGAUAAGUGUAAAUUCUCCAUAUAACCUCCCUAUCUGUGCACACAGCAGCAGCCUCAGUCAGAGACAGAGCAGUAACAGAGGAGUGACACUAUGGGCUUACUAACAAUCCUUCAGCUCUCUGGGACAGUAUCUCUCAUUGCUGUUUAUAGUCACUGUUUUCCCCCAUUUCACAUGUCCAAAGUGCCUGAAGUUUGAAACAAGUUAUUCGUUUUUCCACUGUAUUUUGUCUCUUACCUUGUCUUUCCAACCUUGUAUUUUCAGGACAUUCUAGACGAGAUGAGGAAGGAGUUAUCGAAGCUGAAAGAGGAACUCAUUGAU